AUGCUCAUAAUACAGCUGGCUCAUCAUUGCAAAACGUAAACACAAACAGAAGUUGUUGGCUGCGUACUUCAAUAUUUUUUUGUCUUUUUCGAAACGAUCGCGGUGUAUGAUUUGCCACCAUUGUUGAUGUGUUGAUCUUGUUACAUAUCCUCAUAUGGUUUAGGUGAAAAAUGUUGGAUUUGGAGGUUGUGCCGGGCCGAUCGCUCGGAAGUGACAACUGGGAAUUCGUGCUCGGAAUGCCAUUCUCGCAAGCUGUCAACAUCCUACGUCGUCAGUGUCGCAUCAUCAAGGAAGUGCAGGUCAUCUACUGCGAGUCGGUCCCAUUGGCCAUCGAUCUGGUGCUGAAUCUCAUCCAAGACGGCAUCCGUCUCAUUUUCGAUUCGCACGUGCAGCGCCUUCGGGUCAUUGAAGUAUACAACCUGAGCAAAGUUAAAUUGAAAUAUUGUGGGAAGCAUUUCAGCUCACCUUACGUCCAGCCAACCAUUGAGCAAGUUGACAGUUCCUUUGGGGCCACCAAGCCCGCAGUCUACGACGCCCAGCAACAACUUUUCUCCAUUAACUUCCGCGGAUUGUCGUUUCUCUUCCCGAUCGGAGAGGAUGCCAAGUUUGAACCAAGUGUUCACGGUUUGGGAUCCAUCCCUUUGCCCAGCAAGAACUCAGUGUUGGUCAGUCGGAUCUAUAUCUACAGCGGUAGCAGUCUUGCUGAAUCAAAGCGGCCAGCCAUUCCCAUGAGCUCCUUCGGUGGCAAUGUCUUCUGCGAGGCAGUGGAGGGAAUCAGUGAAGACGGACUACCGGUUGGAUUGAAAUUUUCUCUUCUGACCGACGGACCAGGAGGUGGUAAGUCGCCAGAGUCUAAGCAUCGUCCAAUCAGCAAGGCGCUGCAGUUCGGAGACUCCGCCCAAGACGUGAUAAGCGCCCUAGGGUGUCCCAGCAAAGUCUUCUACAAGUCCGAGGACAAGAUGAGGAUUCAUUCGAAGACAUUCCACAAAGACCAACCCAGAACCUCCGACUAUUUCUUCAACUACUUCACCAUAGGAGUGGAUAUCCUAUUUGACGCUGCCACACACUGCGCCAAAAAGUUCAUACUUCACAGCAACUAUCCAGGGCAUUACAACUUCAAUAUUUAUCACAGAUGCAACUUUGAGAUUUCCUUGCCGUGCGUGAAGGCUGGUCUAGAGACCGAGGUUUGCGACGAUAGUGCGGUCGUCAACAUCACAACAUUUGUCAAGUGGGAUUCCUUGAAGAAGCUUUUGGUUCGGCCAUCCCAGAAGCCAGUUGUGCUGAACCGAGCCUCAUCUAUGAAUACAACCAAUCCGUUCGGCUCGACCUUCUGCUACGGUGUGCAUAACGUCAUCAUCGAGGUCAUGCCAAACAACCACAUAGCCUCACUGACUAUCUGCGAGCCACAUCAACCAAUAGGGACGCCCAUCGACACAUGAUUGCGCACUGAGAAUUGACAGCAAUUUUGAAUUUUAAAUAUGUAUAGAAUUGACUUAUUGUCUGUUGAGAUAGCAAAGUCACAUUUUUAAUGAAGAGCUGAUUUUUAAAACCUGCCUGCUUACGUAUAUGAUAUUGGGCCAGUAAAUGUGGCAUUAAAGACAUAUAGGAUCAUUUCCUUUUAAUGCAUGUUUGUUUGUUUCCAAUAAUAACACCACUCACAAUCCAAAGAAGAAUGUUCAAAAC